AUGAAGACGAGGUCGCAGACGGCGCCGAAGCCUCUCAAGACGGUGGCGAUGGCUCCCAGACCGAGCAGCCCCAAGCGGAAGCCGAGGCCCAAGCCGGCGGGGAAGGGCGACCCCCGCGCACCCAAGAAGCCACCCACCGCCUUCUUCUACUUCAUGGAGGAUUUUCGGAAGGUUUAUAAGCAAGAAAAACCAAGUGUAAAAUCAAUGCAGGAAAUAGGGAAGGCAUGUGGCGAAAAAUGGAAUACAAUGGCAUUUGAGGAAAAGGUCAAGUAUUAUGAUAUAGCUACUGAGAAACGUGCAGAAUUUGAGAAGGCGAUGAUUGAAUAUAACAAGAAAAAGGAAAGCGGAGAAAUGUCUGAGGGAUCAGAUUACGACUAG